AUGGUGGACCAUCUUGCAAACACCGAGAUCAACAGCCAGCGCAUUGCUGCUGUGGAAAACUGCUUUGGGGCUUCUGGACAGCCCUUGGCCUUGCCGGGCAGGGUUCUUCUGGGAGAAGGGAUUUUAACCAAAGAAUGCCGCAAGAAACCAAAGCCUCGCAUAUUUUUCCUUUUCAACGACAUCCUCGUCUACGGCAGCAUAAUCAUCAACAAAAGGAAGUACAAUUCCCAGCACAUCAUCCCCCUCGAAGAUGUCACUUUGGAGACGCUGCCAGACACCUUGCAGAUGAAGAACCGCUGGAUGAUUAAAACCUCCAAGAAGUCCUUUGUGGUCUCUGCAGCCUCCCUCACGGAGAGGAAGGAGUGGAUCAGCCAUCUGGAGGAGUGCAUCAAGCACCUGCUGACGAAGACGGGCCGGCAGCCCUGCAGGGAGCACGCGGCUCCCUGGAUCCCAGACAAGGCCACGGACAUCUGCAUGCGCUGCACGCAGACCAAGUUCUCCACGCUCACCCGCAGGCACCACUGCCGCAAGUGCGGCUUCGUCGUGUGCGCAGACUGCUCCAGGCAGAGGUUCCUGAUGCCCCGGCUGUCCCCCAAGCCCCUGAGGGUCUGCAACCUGUGCUACAGGCAGCUGCUGGCCCAGGAGAAGAAGGAGGCAGAGGCGGACCGGAGGCAGGCGGAGCCGAUCCGCUCCGCCAUCCAGGGCUACGAACCCUCCAGUGGCGAUGACAGCGACAAGUCUGAUGAUGACAAAGCUGAGCAGUGGCCAGCAGACACGGAGUUUUAUAACUCAGAAGUAUCCUGGUCAUCUUUCCACAGCUGA